AUGCUACUGCGCAAGCAUACGCUGAUUCUCAGCCUCGUUGGCCCUGCUUGCCCCACCGGUUCUGGUCGUUAUUCGGCAAGUGCCAGUCCACUGCCAACUCGUACGAGCGAAUUGCUGAAAUACAUCGACGUCACUUCAUCCUAUGUGUUUGUUAUCAUGUGCAAUCGUUUGCAUAACACGGAGCGGUCAUCAAGCCGUCAUCGCAUGAAAGCUUGGGUGGCCGCCGACAAAGAACGCUGA